CGCGAGCAGACGAUUCUUUCCAAAUAAAAAGUCAGAUGUCAACAUGGCGGCUAAUGUUAAAAUUUCAAGUUUUCAAAAACGAAUAAAACCAUCAAAUCCAAACAUUUUAGGCACCAAAAUAUCUGCUGUAAACAGUAUGCUUAAUGUGUCCUUUGGUGUCACUUCGCUCGAUCAGAUUAUUGAUGGCGGUUUACCGCUGGGAUCACUUUGUGUAGUCGAGGAGGAUAUCUAUGGUUCGUAUGCGAAAAUAAUUACAAAGUAUUUCAUGGCAGAAGGAGCUGUGCAAAAGAAUUUUCUAUUGUCCGCUUCAUUGAAUGAAAAUCCCUGGGACCUUCUCAACAACCUGCCAUCGCUUGUGACUGAACCCAGGGAGACAAAUAUAACUGAAAACAGGGAGGAAUUGAAGAUAGCAUGGCGCUAUAAGAAUCUUACUUUAGAAGACAACAAUCAACGCUUAGGCAAUGCCUUUGAUUUAUCCAUCCCUUAUGUCAUGCCUGAAACUCAAAAGCCCAAUUUAGCAGUGUGGGGUGAGGCAGUUACACCCAAUUUACAAAGAGGGACAGGAACACUUAAAAAUCCUAAUUGCUUAAGUUUACUAAAGGCGAUCGAGAAAGCUAUUAAAAAUUGGGAGCUGGAUUCGUAUAAUAGUCAUAAUUUAGUAAGAAUUGUAGUUUCUUCGUUUGGCUCUCCGUUUUGGCAACUUGAUGAAAACAAAAGCAGCCUUUCUACGGACUUUACGGCUACGCUGUUACUGCUCAAAUCAAUAGUGCGAUCAACCAAUGCAGUAGCUUUAGUAACCAUUCCUCAUCAGUUAUUAAACCAAAGCUUGGUUUCUCGGAGUCGUCAUUUAGCUGAUGUGGUAAUUCAACUAAAAUCGUUGCGAGAAGAUCCUCACCUCCAUGACUUGAUGGACGUCCACGGCAUCCUCGAAUUAAAAAAAGUGGCAAAUCUAACAUCUCUCAAACCCAUCUUAGGUCAGGAUGGAACAACCACCUACGGAUUCAAAGCCACUAAAAGGAAGUUCAAAAUAGAGAAGCUUCACCUUCCACCGGCUGUUGACGAUGAUAAAUCAUCGCCUGAUCACUCAUCUUCACUUGGUUGUUCAUCCACUGCAUCAAAGGCCAAUCUCGAUUUCUGAGAUGAAUCUGUCGAUUAUGUCGGAAAGCUCUUGUGUUUUUGUAAAUAUACGACAUUGGAGCCCUUA